UAUGAAUGUGAAUGAGUUGAAUUUAAAACCCUUAAUUGACCAUAAACAAUAAAAUGGCGUCCGGUUUUUUGUGUGUGCGAUAAAAUUAUUGUUUUCAUGAAAUCAUGAGAUUUAUCUAAGUUUUGGCGAAAUAAGUAUACUUUUUAGUAUUUAAAAGCAAAGAUGCAUAGUUAUAGUAUGGUUAAAGACCUAAAUCACGGUUCGUUGGAUGAAAAUAAUGUGCGUGUCAAUCCUGCUCAUAGCGUCGUUGUCCUAUGCCGCCUUUUAUAUUGAGUUGAUUAGACUAAUUUACGAAGAUUUCUUCGUGUAGACUGGUGUUCGUCAGUCAAUAAAAGCAUCGUUAACUAUGAAUUUACAUAGAUAGUACGUUUUUUGUCGGCAUCGUGAUCGAUGAGUGCGUUGUGCGUUUGUAGUUGUGAAAGCGUACAUACAUGUUCGCAAUGAUAAAACUGUCAUGAGGACUCUUGUUUACUAUCAAAUAGCGAAUUUGUGUUAGUGAUUUAGAUUUUUCAAUUGUAAUGAAUUAUAUUUGUUGUUAAAAAUGUGUAUGCCAACUCCUAAUAAUGUUUCGGGCUUCGGAGGCUACUCGUGGGGAUUCACGAGUUCGGCAGAUCUCACGAAGGGCGAAGUGGAAACACCGAGUAGCUUGAGUUAUACAUUGGGGAAUACGGUGUCCCCAGAAACAACCCUGACGGUUAUGUCCCACAAGACACCGCAAGUCCAAGAAAAAGUAGGUGCGGUUACAGUAGCAGUUUCAAAUGCAGGGGCUCAACUAACAAGGGUUGUGACUACGGGCACACCGGUGUCAGGAAGACGAGCUAUGUUUGUAGUGAACGAUGCUGCGGCACAUACGUUGAAUAGAGUCUCACAGCAAAACCAGACUACUACUAUUCAUACGAACUUAGCAGCUAAGCCGUUUAUGACACCAAUAGGUCCAAUCCAGUUGACUGCUGAAGAAUGCAACGAAAUUUUGAUGAAGAGGGCGUUACAAGCUCAGGGGAUUGCCACGCCAGUCAUUGAUGCGUCGCAACUGAACCAUACGUUGUUAAACGGAGGGUUGAAGAGCCUGGCUGAAGCGACGGCACAGCAAACCCAGGCGGAGACCAUUCAAACCACGACGGUUCAUCAGCAUCACUUGUUGCAUACGAAACAGGAGCCGGGGACGGCGAAUAAUUCGCCUAAAACGGUGUAUUCGCAGACGGAGCUCAUGAACACCAACUCGGUGAUGACCACAGCGCCCCCUGCCGCGGUGAAGGAGCGACCUUACGGCUGCGACGAGUGCGGCAAAUCCUUCCUACUGAAGCACCAUCUUACUACCCACGCUAGAGUACAUACAGGCUCGCGGCCCUACGCCUGCCCCCACUGCGCCAAGACAUUCGCGCACAAGCAUUGCCUCAACACCCAUCUCUUACUGCACACUUCUAACCGCCCGUACCGCUGCCCCGAAUGCAAGAAAUCCUUCACGCUCAAACACCACCUACUCUCACAUUCACGGGUGCACAGUCGGGAACGUCCGUUCGUAUGCAACGAGUGCGGGCGCGGGUUCCCGCUGAAGCGGCACCUCGUGACGCACAGCAAGUACCACGCCGGCGAGCGGCCCUACGUCUGCAGCGACUGCGGGGAGAGUUUUGCGCAGAAGGAGCACCUAGUAAUGCACAGCCGCUUCCACGGCUCGCUGUCCCCGUACGUGUGCGGCGACUGCGGGCUGACGUUCGCGCGCAAGUUCCAGCUCGUCAACCACGGCCGCGUGCACGGCCGCGUGCCCCACGCCUGCCCCGUCUGCGGCAAGGAGUUCCUGCAGAAGCGGACGCUCGUCACGCACAUGAAAAUUCACACCGGAGAAGGAGCAGUAGCAUGCUUAGAAUGCGGCGAGGCCUUCAAAUGCAAAUCAGAGUUACAACAACACUGCAAAAUAACGCGGCACUGUCUCACCACAAGCCAAUCGCAACAGCAACAGCAGCAACAACAGCAACAGCAACAACAACAGCAGCAACAGCAACAACAAGCGCAGCAACAAGCCCAACAACAGGCGCAGCAACAAGCGCAACAACAAGCGCAGCAACAGGCCCAACAACAACAACAACAGCAGCAGCAACAGCAACAACAGCAACAAGCAACUGUGAUAAAACAAGAUGACUUUAAACCGCAAAUUGUACAGGUAAUAGGCGCAGACGGACAAAUAGUUUCAGAGAAGUCGCCCGGCUACGCGUGUCCUGAGUGUGGAUCUUGUUUUAACACUAAGGAGGCGUUAUCCCUGCACGUCCGUCUACACGCGGGUGACCGCACGUGCGUCACGGACUUAUGUGCUUUGACAGCCGCCUUACAACCAGGCCUUGUUGCCGCACAUCAACAGCAUAGUUUCAUAGUUCCAGACCAGCCUAUACAGAUAAUUUCUUCGAACCCCAACAAUGUAGUGCAUACUCAAGUUAUAGCUGCGCAGAAUCAUCAAAUAACGGCUCCCAGACCGAAGAUCCACUUUUGUGGAGACUGCGGGAAGGGAUUCGCGGCUAAACAUGGACUAUUAGCGCAUCAAAGGAGACAUCCAGACGGCAGCUGCACACUACGUACCCACGUGUGCGAUCAGUGCGGGAAGGCGUUCUUCCAGAAGAACCACCUCAUGCUGCACCAGCGACAGCACAUGGACCUGCCGCCUAGAAAUAGUCAACCAGUAAACACAUCGCAACAAGCGGCGCAACAAGCCGCCCAACAGGCCGCGCAACAAGCGCAACAAGUACAGCAACAAGUGCAACAACAGGUGCAACAACAGCAACAGCACCAACAACAGGUGCAACACCAGAACAGUCUCGAAAUGGACCAGCAGGACCAUCAGCAGGCCACGCAUAUACAAGUUGUAACAAACAGAUCAGGUCAGGUGAUCGGCAACCAGAUAGUGGUGGGUGGGCUGGGCACGCGGCGGCUGGUGACGCCGCUGCAGCUGCUCGGCCGCGACGUCAAGCCGCUCGCGCAUCUCACGCACAAGCACAACCAGAGGCAGCAUACCACCAGUGGUGACGCGAAAGAAGUAGGAGGCCUCGUGCUCUCAGCGGGUCGGACAGGCCUCAUCAAGUACGAGAUCUCCCUCCCGCCCCCCACGUCCGUAGUGCAAGUGCAACAAUUGGAUUGAGUGAAGCGUGAACCAGACGAACCGAUGGUCGUUUGGCUCAAAAAGUGAUUGUGAACGAUAUAGUGAAGUGUUAGAGUAUGUUUGUAUGGGUAUUAUCUUGUGGGAGUAUAGUGGUAAGUUAUUUAUGUUUUUUUGAGUUGGAUCUAAAUGUAUUGUAGAGGAAGGGAGGAGCCAUUUAAUCUGUGUAAUUAUUACUGCUGCAGAUUCCUAAGCAAAGCAAUAAGCUUGGCUUACAUUAACAACAAUUUGGGUAUCAAAUUUUUGUUUAAAAAAUAUUUGAAUAAAAUAAAAUGAUGUUUAUGUUGAAUGACUCAGUAUAAGUACAAAAUUCAUUUUUUUAUGUCUAUUUAACAUCUCCAUCUAAAGAAGAGGCAUCAGUUUCACUGAUUAAAAGUUACUCAAAGACCCAAGAAAUGUUAAGAUUCUUCUUUGAUUACCAAAAAUCUUUUACUUUCAAAACUGAAAACAUCUAUCAAGUUCAAAUGCAACUUUAUCAAGCACAAAACUUAUAUCCUACAAUACAAUUCUCAGACAAGCAUACUACUAACAAAAAAACUAAAAAAGGAACAGUUUGUAUAAAUAAAGUGCAGGACAGCGCGACUGACGACUGACGGCGAGUGUACAUACAGUGAAAUGGGUUGUUAUUGGAUCAUUUCCCUUGCAAGGACGUUUGGUGGAAAAUGGAUGCUGUAGGCUUUGUUAUGUGCAAAUAUAAAUUAUGCAAAGAUUUAAUUUAAUUAAGCCAGACAUUAAUAGAAUGGAAUGUUGCCCGUUUUGUGGUGGUAAUAUAUUUUUUAGUGUCUUAUUUUUUACUUUAUUCAGUAAGCAGUAUCCUAUUUUGAGAUGUAAUGCAUGAUAAGUACUGUUUGAUAAAUUCUUUCUGCUUUUAGUUUAUAUUUGCACAUACCAAAGUCUUAAGUGACCAUCCAAGCCAAAUUGGACUAAAAUCUAAGCCUAAAUUUAAAAAUAUAUAAUGCCAAUAGAUCGGAAAGCUUUAUUUAAUGUUUAGACGUCUGCCUUACAAUAGAGCCUUAAUUUUAUCGUUGUUUGUCCUAUAGGUGUAGAGUACAGAAACUACUUAAUUUCGAUGGCAAUAACGCGUAACUGAUUCAUUUGUGUAUAUUAGUGAAUGUUCUAAAAUUUAGAACAUUGGCGUGUAUAAAGACAAGGUAUAGGAGACAUGUGUUUUGUGUAUUAUAGUCUAGCAUAAGGGCAACUUACUAUAGUUUGUAAUCUCUUGUACAUAUCAACGUUUUUACGGCACUGAGCGGCGGUUUUUGUAAUAAAAUGUACAAUCUAUGUAGGUUCCAGCAUUUAAGUUUUGGGUUAUUGUUGAAUAAGAUUUUUCAGUCAUGUUACAGGUGUAAUGAUUGAAGUUUUCUUGGACCUAAACUACGCACACUUAAUUUAGAUUAUAACAAAAAUAUUGUUAGAGAAAAUUGCUAGUAUUAUUUAAUUUUCCUAUUAGUCAUUCAGUUUAGUCUUUCUAUUAGUCUUUAAACACCUGUAACAUGACUGACAAAUACAUUUCAACCAUUAUUAUAAUUUAGGUGUCACGUCGAAUAAGCUUUCUUUAAGUACAUAUAAAUAAAUCAGUUUACUUCAUUUUUUUAAAGUUGUGGCAGUACGGGAGGAGUAUAAUGUGCAAUCAAAAUUCAAGAUUAAAUAAAUUAUAGAUCUGAGUUUUUAUUUAAAAAAGUUUUCACUCUUUUUAAUGCAACUUGGCUGAAUGAGCUUUAUUCCUUAGGGUUUUUUAAUCUGUGUUGUUCAGUUCCGUCUACACAGGUGUUGUAGUAAAUUAGUAUUGAUUGCUAAAUAAUUGUGAACUGUGUUCAGCAAGUUGCGUCAUGAGUGUUCAAACUAAAAUAGACUGUAAGCUCUGCUGUUUAAGGUCCCAACUGUAUUUGAUGUGCCACAUCUCAAAUAUUAUCAAUUUUAAUAUAAAAACUAAUGAUGUUUGAUUGUCUUUAUAAAUUUUAUUAGCUGCAUUAGCCAACAAUUGUACUUAAUUCUUAAUUUUCAACAAAUAAAAAUAAUAAAAUAUAUUUUAAAGGUGCAUUCCAAUGAAUUUAGGUGCGACUGGCACAAAGUCUUCCAUAAAUAAUUGGUACCGUAAACAGCAUUGCAAACUUACCAGAGUAAAAAAUAUCGCUUGUCUAUUAUUUUUGGUAUCUAAAUUGAGUAUCUAGUCUGUGAUAGGGAAUGAAUUUUUCUGUCCUUAAUAUGUUGCUCUGUGGUUUUGAUAAUUUAUGUAGGUAGUUUUAAUGCAAAAAUAUGAAUAGUGUUUGUGUCAAUUGAAACUGAAAAUAUUUUUGAAUUAUUUAUUUUUAAAUAAUCUGUAGGUAUGGUACAUAAUCAUGUAUAGUUCGUCCUAACUGAAUCUGUGUGAAUAAAUGCAGAAUUAGUUCGCGUCAUUUCAGUAAAGACAAGCUCUUAACAUUUUUUUAUAUGAUGAAAUAACAAUAUGAAUGUAUAUGGUACAAGAAAUUGUACUUAUUUGUGUAACUUAGAUGAGUUACCCAGACCCAAUUCAAAAGCGAAUUUAUGUCAAUAAAACGAAUCUGAAAAUCUUCCAUUAUCAUGACUUCCAUUUAAUGCAAAUAACAAUUUUAUACAUUUCAUUUGUACCUUAAUAAUGUCUAAUGUUAGAUUUCGACAUAUUACGGACAGAAAACUUCGAGAAAUCUGCUUACAAGUUUGUAUGUACAGAGUAUUAUUGAGUUUUAAUGCAUUAUUUUAGAUGUUUUAUCUCACGAAAGCGGAUGAGCCGGACUUGUGUUUUUAAAUAUACAUGCACUUUAUUUUUGUAUGACUCAGCGACUCGACCAAUACUGAGCGCCCCCGAGCUAAGCAAAUAAAGACAAUGUGUGUUCAUUUUUACACACACAUGUAUGGAUCACCCGCUUUCGUGAUGUAAAACGUCUAUAUAAUAAAUAUAAAUGUCUGGUACACCAGAAUAACUUCCAAUUGUAUGUUUCUUUUAUAUUUUUGAGUCUUGACAAGUGGUUUGCCAUUAACUUACAUGUAAAUAUUAUAGUGGAUAUCUAUAAUUUUUAUAUUAAAUGAGAAUAUACAUACCGUAAUCA